CCGUUUAGCGGUUAGUUGAAAAAGUGCAGUCUCCAGGAAGAUGGCGUCCUCAGGUGCCAUAACUUUCGGCGUGUUGGGAAACUUAGUGUCUUCUAUAAGCAUCAUAUUCCUCAACAAAUGGAUCUACGUGAACGUGGGCUUUCCGAACAUAAGCCUGACUCUUGUGCACUUCGUGAUAACUUUUCUAGGACUGUACGCGAGCCAGUUGGCGAACGUCUUCAACCCGAAGUCGCUGUUGUUGUGGAAGGUGGUGCCAUUGUCCCUGACGUUUUGUGGCUUCGUGGUCUUGACCAACUUGUCUCUGCAGAAUAACUCUGUCGGAACCUAUCAGGUGAUCAAGUGCAUGACCAUGCCAGUCAUCAUGUUUAUACAGACAAAGUUUUAUAACAAAACUUUCUCCAUGAAAGUCAAGCUAACGGCGGUUCCAAUUACAAUGGGAGUGUUCCUAAACUCUUACUAUGACAUGAAGUUCAAUUUACUGGGAAGUGUGUAUGCAGGUUUGGGGGUGCUGGUCACAUCGAUGUACCAAAUCUUAGUUGGUGCAAAACAGCAGGAGUUCCAGGUGAACUCCAUGCAGCUGUUGUACUACCAGGCACCGCUCUCCGCCGGGAUGCUUCUUUUCGUCGUGCCAAUCUUCGAGCCAAUCACAGGGGAGCAUGGACUCCUCCAGGCCUGGUCAUAUCAAGCCCUGGGUAUGGUGGCGCUGUCUGGGAUCAUGGCCUUCUCUGUCAACCUGUCCAUCUUCUGGAUCAUCGGCAACACCUCACCUGUCACUUAUAACGUCAUCGGCCACCUGAAGUUCUGCAUCACCAUUAUGGGAGGAUUCCUGAUAUUCAGGGAACCCGUCACGACGAACCAGUGUGUCGGAAUCGCGCUGACGCUCGCGGGAAUCAUGGCGUACACGCACUUCAAGACCACGGAAAAACAAGAGGAAAUACAGAGGACCAAAUCGAUGAUGCAGAAAGUUUAGGACGUCUAACUUCGAGUUUUAUCGAAGAUGUGAGGGCAAUAAUAGGACAUGUAGUUAAUAUAGUGUUUGUGCCCUUAAAGGCAACAGCAAGUUAAGUUCAUGGAUGACAUCUUAUGUUGACUCCAAAUCUAAUGUGAGAGCAAAAAAAAAAGAUUAGGUUAAGAAAAAUCAAGAUGCCACAAUUUUCAAAGUAAAGGAUGUGAAUUGUAAUAACAAAACCUGGUAUCUCAACUAUCAAGUCAUUUUCCCUGUAUUCAAGAAGUGCAGUAACUGACAUUAGUGUAAUAGUGUUCAUCAGGAUCCGUGGAUCGCGUGCUGUUCCCUACCCAGCUAUAUUCCUCUGGCCGGCUUACUCCUCUAUUUGUUCCAUUUCUACGAUAUUUCCAGCGAUCCGGAGUCUGGUAGAGACUAGGUGUAGAUUCUACAACUGCCAAACUAGUUUCACUUCUACAAGUACACUUCUGAGUACGACAAAGGCAAGCAUGUGACAUAUUUUCCCAAUUUUGGUAUUUACUUGUGAUGUUGACAAUCUCUCGAGAGGAAUAUGUAUUUUUUUAAAUCAGGCAAAAAUCAAUGCAAGCAGUGAUGGCAUCCAUAAAGUUUACUUGUCCUAAUGGUAAUUUAACACAAGAGCAGUUGGAAAAUCACAGAGGGGAUGUGAACUGUAGACUAACAGUUCAAAACACACCCACGUUGUGCACAUUGUUGUAUUUAAGUUCCCAAGUCGUUAAGUACUGGGUGCAUACAUUUGUAUAUGCAGUUUUGUACACCCAUAUUGCAGCUAAAUUUUUGUUCGUGGGUGCAUCUAGAUAUUUGUGUAGCAUUAUGUACGAAAAGGUACAUGCAUUAUAUUAUUAUACACAGCAUAUUUUUUUAAAUAUCUAAGUGCCAAAAAUUAGUUAAACCUUUGUUGUAUCGCCGGGUACAUGAAUAUUGUUAAAAGUUAGCUGGAGAAGUUUAGAUUCAAAUUCCGAUGAGAUGAAAUAAUGUUUGAAAGUAGGUUUUCCUGACAAUUUUUUUCUAUUCUGUGCACCAGAUAUUUUUUGUGCACCGAAAUUCCUAGGUUAGGUGCACCAUUUCACCUAUGAUGAGUUUUGAGCCUUACCAAUUCAGCGAUGUUUACAGGGAAGACUAGCAAGCAAACUGAACUGUCAAAUCGUGUCAUUCAUGUACUACUGGAUGAAAUGACAAAUUUACUCUUUUCGCAAGUUCCAACCACUGAUAUCAUUCCAGGCAUGUGUUUUAAACCCAAAGAAAUGGAGGAAAGGUUUACAUGACAACUUUCUUGACUUCCAUAAAUUGGUUAUUCCUGUUCAAGAUUAGUUGCUCCUCUUGCAAUAAAAUGUUUACAGUUCUCAA